AUGACUGAGACAAAUUGUAGAAAACAAGGGUUCAAAAAAUGUCGGAGUGCUACUUUCAACAUUGAUGGAUUUAGUUUCACCAUACUUGCUAAUGAAAAGCCUGAUCGGAAUCCACGACCAGUUGAAAGAUUUGCACGUUCAAAAUCCCAGACCUCUUUGCGGCACAGUGGUGCAAGAUUUGAAGGGAAGGAUGAAAAACAAAAAGAAAAAAUAGGGAAUGCCAUUGAUUCACAGAAUCCAGAAGAAAUCCUAGCGGAGGAGUUUCUCUCCGUUGAUAACCCAGACGCUUUGGAAAAAGCAGCGAUCAGAUUGCGAUCUUUGGUCAAACAGCUGGAACGAGGUGAAGCUUCAGUCUCAGAUCUGAAGAAGAAUUUAGACUACGCAGCUACAGUGCUCGAGACUGUCUACAUUGAUGAGACACGGCACCUGCUAGAUACAGAGGAUGAACUCAGCAAUAUCCAGUCUGAAUCUGUUCCAUCGGAAGUCCGUGACUGGCUGGCUUCUACAUUUACGAAACAAAUGGGGCUGAUGCUGAAGCGAACAGAGGAAAAGCCAAGGUUCCGCAGUAUUGUACAUGCAGUACAGGCUGGGAUAUUUGUAGAAAGAAUGUACAGGCGAACAUCAAAUAUGGUUGGACUAAGUUAUCCUCCUUCAGUCAUCGAUGUAUUAAAGAAUGUAGAUAAAUGGACCUUCAAUGUUUUUGCACUGAAUGAAGCCAGUGGAGAACAUGCACUCAAAUUCAUUGUUUAUGAUCUAUUCACCAGAUAUGACCUCAUCAGUCGUUUCAAGAUCCCCAUUUCCUCCCUUGUGUCAUUCAUUGAUGCUUUAGAAGUUGGAUACAUGAAGCAUAAAAACCCCUAUCAUAAUCUACUACAUGCAGCAGAUGUUACACAGACAGUCCAUUACUUUAUCCUGAGAACUGGUAUUGUGCACUGGAUGACAGAACUGGAAAUCUUCGCCAUGCUAUUUGCAGCUGCUAUUCAUGACUAUGAGCAUACAGGAAUGACAAAUAAUUUCCACAUCCAGACCAGGUCUGAUACAGCUAUUUUGUACAAUGACCGAGCAGUACAGGAGAGUCAUCAUGUCAGUGCAACUUAUCGCCUGCUUCAGGAUGAUGAGGAAAUGAACAUCCUGUUCAACCUUUCCAAGGAUGAUUGGAGGGAACUGCGAGCCUUGGUAAUUGAGAUGGUGUUGGCGACUGACAUGUCUUGCCACUUUCAACAAGUCAAAGCUAUGAAGAAUGCAUUGCAGCAACCUGAAGGGAUUGAUAAACCAAAAGCCUUUUCCAUGUUGCUGCACACAGCUGAUAUCAGCCAUCCAACGAAAGCCUGGGAGAUGCAUCAUCGCUGGACCAUGGCAUUGUUGGAGGAAUUCUUCAGACAGGGUGACAAAGAGGCUGAACUGGGGCUUCCUUUCUCUCCACUCUGUGAUCGUAACUCAACAAUGGUAGCUCAGUCCCAAAUAGGUUUUAUUGAUUUUAUUGUGGAACCAACAUUUUCCGUUUUGACUGACAUGACUGAAAAGAUUGUAACUCCCCUUAUUGAUGAAGCAUCCCACUCCAGUGCCAGUGGAUUUCGGCGAGCCAGUGUGCACAGUAUUUCAUCUACUGAAGUGAAACGGACAAAUUUGAAAAAUAUACUGUCUGAAGGAAAUUCUUCUAUAAAUUCUUCCCUGCUCGCUGUGGAUAUGAAGAGCUUUAAAAAUAUCUGGAGUGAAAUAUUGCAACAAAACCGUGAAAAAUGGAAGGCAUUGCAUGCAAAAGAUACUGAAGAAAAAGCCAGAAAAGAAACUGAAGAAAAAGAAAGAGCAGAGGACCAGGCAGCACUCGAGAAGAAAGAGCGUCGCUUUCUCAGAGAACAAAUGGCGUCACAGGAAAAAGACAAUGAAGAAAACAAAAAAGAUCACAGAACGACUUUCAUCUCGACUGCUAAGAAGGAUAAAGUAUGGCUGAGAGAGAAAAGACAAGGGCAGGAUGAGGACGAUGUGGAUAUUUUUAAUGCAGAGAAAUUAGCUGAGUUAAAACGGAAGAUUGAAAAAAAUACAGCAGUUGUAUCAAAAACAUAUACAGAAGAAGAAUCUGAGUGUAACCCAGAAUGA